AGAAGGAAAAUUCGCAUCUCCGCAUCAGCUCAACUCUUCCCCGCAGUCGAUCUUCCCUGCUUGGCUGCUCUACUGAUCUUGUUACUCCGUCUGACGUGGCUAGCGUUUCUCUAGUCAAAUGAGGCGCAAUUUUUGAUUGAACGCUGUCUGCUUCUACGGUGCCUACUUCUGGUUCCCGAUCUUCCCUGUCGUCCCUGUUACUCUCUGGCCGAGAACCCCACUCCCCCCCCGGCACGCGCAAUGCCUGAGGCAGAUGAGGAGGAAGAUGAUUACAUGUCCAUGGUAAUUGAGGAACCACAGCAGAAGGAAACCUUUACUCAAAGAAAACGCCGACAACAACGAGAAGCUGAAGCACGUGCCAGAGUCCCUUCAAAAGCGGAACGCGCUGCGGACGAAGCAGCACGUCGCGAUGCCGCCCUUGCUACCAGUGCGCUGAACCCUUCCAACAAGGGCUUUCAGAUGAUGGCCAAAUUGGGCUUCAAACCUGGACAGGCCCUAGGAAAGCCCAAAUCAUCUCAGGGAACGAGGCCGGAUGAACCCGAUGCCCGACUCCGAUCCGAGCCUCUCAAUCUGGUGAUCAAAGAAGAUAAGGGUGGAAUUGGGCUGGACAGCGAGCGGAAGCGCAAGUUUCUCGAGGAAGCCGAGCAUGUUGCCAAGAAAGUGAAAGAGGAUGAGGGCGAUUAUCGCGAUCGGGUCCGGCUUGAGCGGGAGAUGCGCCGAGCGGAGGCGCAGGUGCAUGCUGCGCAGAAGGUUGCUGAGCGCUUGGAUACCGAGGCUGAGACGGGUGAAGAACCGCCCUCCAGCGCAGCGAAAGGGAAGUUUUGCGAAACACCAAAGACUGAUGGGGAAAGGGAAGUUUCCCCUCAGGAUGACACGGCCGGCGAACCUGCAACAAGCAAGCCGCAGAAGGUCAAGCCAACUUCUCAAAUUAACAUCCUCUAUCGUGGGCUAGUCCGUGAACGCGAGGAGAAAGAACGCAAUCUUCAGAUGCGUCAUAUGCUUCAAACAUCACUCUCUUCUGGAUUCUUUCCCAACCCGCGCUUACCAGGACAAAACGAUCCGACCCUGGAUCGAGAUGACGAGGAAGCUAUCGGGGGGCAACGGGAGCCAUCAAUGGUUCUCGAGCAAGAACUUGAAGAAGAUGAUCCCGAGCUAGAUGAGUUUAAUGCGCUAGACCCGAGCGAACAGCUGUCCCGACUAGUACGGUAUCUACGUGAUCAACAUCACUACUGUUUCUGGUGUAAGUAUCGAUACGAGGAUGCUGAGAUGGAAGGAUGUCCGGGGGUGACAGAAGAGGAUCACGAUUGAUGCCGCAUGAAUGUGCUAUACGUAACAAAAAAUUUACCAUUUGCCAGUCCUGUACUUGAUAGAUAAGCAUUAUAAUUAUAUCUUGGGGCUGCACCCGCCAAUUUCAAAUUGGUCCGUCAUGUCCAUUGUAAAAGUCAACAAACCAGGAACCCGAAAAAAAGCCCUAAUCGCCAUCAUUAGAGCUGCAUUUGUCCAAACCA